AAUGCGCUCUAACAAAUGCCACAUAACCUAAAUAAAAGUAUUGUAUUCGUUCGUAAAUCGUAUGACAUCGAUUUAUUUUGUAAAAUCCAUUCAGUGAUUGUUCUCUUUCCAAUCAGCAUUUGUAUGUUAACUCUGAAAUUGUUUUCAACGCCAAAUUCAUAGUUUUAUGCAGUACAAUGGUCCUAUAAUUGGUUCCUCGCUCCAUUGAAUAACGUUUGGCAUAAUGUUUCACUCACGCAGCAUAAUCCAAGUAGAUUCGAAAGCACUCACAACAAAUUGCGGUAUAACCUGAUAUGAAAGUAAAUGAGAGCAAGAAGAUGACGAAAACGAUUCAUCGGGGCUUGGGUGGCGGUGAGGAUUUCUGCUUACAGAAAAAAGGACGAUCCCUGAGCCAGUCGUCCUUCCUCUUCUCCAACUUCAUCAACGUCCCUAGAAAUUAUGAGCCGCAUCAGAAGAAAACCUUGGCUUUGAGCCCGAGCAUCGAGCAGCCGCGCGGAGAAAUCUCGAAUUUUCCCCGGGAUCGACCCGCCUGGGACCGCUCGUCCCUCAUCAACUACAAAUCCUGCAUCAGCCACGAGCCCUCUCGCAUAAAUCACCGAUCACCCCUCAUCAAUCGUGAAUCAUCCUAUGUGAACGACCAAUCUCCCUUCAUCAACUACGAGUCAUCAUGCGUGAGUAGCAGGUCAUCUAACACCUCCUCGGUGAGUGGCACACUAAGUAAAUCAAACCUCCUUUUCACGGAUAGUGAAUCGACCGCGAAGGUGUCCGCAAUGGCAUCUUCCUACAAAUACAACCCGAUCCUCCCCGAAAACCAGUUCAGCGCUGAUGAAUCUCAGUACGGGGCCUCUUUCACCAGCCUAAAAAAUCGCAUCCUGGAAAAUAUCCCCUUGAAUCUAAUAUCCAACCUGGAUAUAUUCUUCAAUCAGGCCCAGAAAGAGUCUUUGGUUAGUUCUGUGCCCAGUUUUGACAGUUCGCACUCAAAUAGGAGACAAUACCAGAAAAAAUCGAAGAGUAAAGUUAACCCGAACGGAAACUCCAGCAAUAAAUCUAAUCUAGAAUUUUUAACAUUACCUCCAUUCACCGGAUACCAAUGGGGAGCCGAAAAGUCCGGUUACCAGAAGACGUUCGGCCCUAAAUUUUCAGGUAUUUACUCUGGUUUCCAGGAGCCUUUUCAGCAAGGAACACAAUCGAGCCUUGCGCGGAGUCAAAAAACGCUUCGUUCUAGCCAUCGCAAUCAGUCCAGCCAUUUGAGCAGUCAACCAACAGAAAUAGUUGUACUGAAAUCUGCAAAGAAUUCUGUGAUUGCGAGUGGUAGCUCAGAGGCUUUAUUGGAAAAUCUGAACGACGAUCUGAGCUCCUCGGAUACCACCUCACAAUGCGAGUCAGAUUACGGAGCUGAGGAGAAAGAUGUACGUGUCCAUUACUUGAAGGAUUCCGAGCACGAUGAAAGCGAGUAUUCCCUUCUCGCCUCGAAAGGCUAUACUUUCGCAAAAAAAGGAUCCAAACGAAAACCAUCUACUUCAAGUACUAGCACUUACGUGCCGGAGACAGAACUUCGCGUGGUUAACUUUUCCGGGUCCAGCCUUGAGCCUCCUCAUAGAAAAGAUGUCAAGACGGCGCCAAAGAGAGACCCGCUCCAAAGUUCAAAGGGAGCUUUCGAGACAACUUAUGAAAGCUGUCACGUUGUAAGAUCGGGGAGUUCAAAGGGUGGUUCACGUCACUCGAAGCAUAAGGCGAAUAGAUUGCCGGAGGUGAUGCUGCGAGAGAAAUACUUCGUCGAACAAGAUAAAGCGGUUCGAGAGAGGCGCCGUGAAUCCCCGCAACCUGCAAGACACAGGAGUGAUGCUGAGACCGUCUCGGAGAAAGACGGAGAAAGUUGUGUCGGGAAGAUUUCCGCCGAUCGAGAACGGACUCUGCGAACUUCGGUUGAGAAAAUAAGUGAGCGUUUCAUGCGGUUCCAACGCACCGUAAUGUCGGAUGAGGAAUCCAGCACGGAGACAAUCCGGAAAGAAAUUCACGAGAGACCGGCCACAGAUACUUAUACCAGUGAAGAGAGUCAAGAGGAGCGUAGCCCUGAUUUUGACCGUUAUAAAAAGUAUAACGGCACGAGAAAAACAGUUCAUCAAUCUUUGAGUCAAAAACCCACCUCGAGGAUGUUUCAAAAAAGGAAGCGGAGAUCAAGAACAGGGUCUGCUGUCGACCGAAAUCAGUCUUACACUAGUUCAAAGUCAUCGCAGAAGUUCAUUUUGAGUAAGAACGGGAAAUCUAAAAUUAAUAGAAAAGGAAGGAAUCGUCGGUCGGUGUCCUCGAGAUCAACCCUGACCAGCAGUAGACGUUUCUCAAAAUGUUCCAUGGUGUCAGAUUCAACAAACGCGAAAUCUUUCAGAACUCGCCUUCGGAAAGGGAAGCGCGCAGGAACUGAUGAUGCAGAAUCGAGAAGAAAGCUUGCGCAAAAUUUUAAUAACACGACCGUUAGAUCUCGAAAAAUUCAGCGGAAAAUAUCGGUGGAAUCAGAAGAGAGGGAAGCGGUUUUCUGCGAGAGAGCGCAUAAAAAUUUAGUUUCGGGGCGAGGGAGUAAAAUUCACAAACGACCCCGAAAAAAUAGAAAUUUCUUGAUGAAAAGGCCUGAAUUUUCAAGUUCCGAUCUUGGUAAAUCAACACAGGGCAUAGGUAACGUGAGAAAAAUGUUCAGCCAUAGAGAAAAUAAAAAUAUUUUGCAAUUCGGGAACAAUAUCCUUCGCAAUCAAUUGCAUCGGCAAGUAGCGAGACGCGACGAAAAUAUCAAAAAUCGCAUGAGGGAAAUGGAAGCAUCGAGUUCUUGCUUUGAAACCAUCUGCAACGCUAAAGAAACCCCGAGAAAAAUUACGAAACCGGAGAUGGAUGUUUAUACCAGAAAUGAUCGGAAAAAAUUUAGCGUUCAGGGUAAAUUAGAGCCCCUUACAAGAGAAGCUGAUCCAGCGGAAACUAAGAAAAUUUCAAAUUUGGAGGACAACAUGAACGCUAAGCUUGGAGCACUUUGUGAGGACAGAGGAAAGAAUCCGGAGAAAAUCAUCGAGGAUUGUGGAAAAUCAUAUGUUAAAGAUCACAAGGAAUCCUUCCUUUCUUUCAGGAGAUCAGAAACUUUAACGGAUAUCACAGAAGAUUCGAAACCCUCGAAUGUAAGUAAGGACACUCCGAGGCUAAAGCCAAGCGAAUCUUGUAGCUCUGUGAGCUCAGGGAUGGCGUCCAGCUACCUCCCUAACAGGAAUGAGACAAUACCUGACUCUGAGAUUGAGGACGAAUCGAUAGUCGAUUCGACGUCUGAAUACAUAAAGUGGGCGAAAAACUGCCUCCUUAAGCAGAGAACUAAGUCCCGAGAGGAGAGCUAUUCUGAUGCGGAAACAGAGACCCCUAACGACUAUUCGGAGGAGGCGAUCAGCGAUGAGAUCGAUCCAUCGAGACAUCAAAUCGAUCUAUCGAAAUAUCGAAUAAACUCCUCGGGCAAUCACAGGUGCGUCUUGUCUUGCGAGGAGGUAACGGAGUACUCUGAUUACUCGUUUAGUUUGAUCGCCAGCAAGUCGACUUUGAGUGUGAUCCUUGAGGAGAACGGGAGCAUGGAUAGGUCUCCAAGAGAGGGUCCGUUGCAGGAAAACAGCAUCGCCUUCGAGAAAAGACCGCUCGGGCACCUUUCCGCUGGGAGCGCUGAGCUCAUGCGUCGGGACGCCGCUGGUGACGCCGGGAAGAGCCGAUCGCGGAAAUUCAGUUUGUCCUCCGAGUCCGAGCGUGACCUUGAACAGCUCAAGAAUAAAAUCGAGCUCAUCAAAAGAAGUCUUCAAUCUCGGGUUUCGCCUCGUAUCAUUCCGUCGACGUCCACGCUUGCACUAGAGAUGUCUGAAACCCUGGAGUAGUUGGUUGGAGUUAGAGUACCUUCGUCAUUGGCGGAUCCAGCAAAUUGGCAACAUUGCCUUCUCUCCAUUUAAACCUAUGGAAAUGUAUCGAUUCUA